AGGAGCGCUCAGGAAAUUGGCGGGAAGGAUUUGCCGUUGCUCUCCUCAGGCGGGUAAAGGCCGAGUGAGCAGAGACCCAUUUCUGCCCUCCUGCAAACCGGAGAAGGGGUUGCGGAGGGGCUGGGGACAUUUGGGACUCUCUCGGGCUUCUUUUGGCUGCCCCCGAGCAGGAGACCCGACGGAAGCCCAGGGAUCUCCAGGGAUGGAGGCCGCCCUCAGCCCAGAGAUCCACCGCCGGCGCUUCCUCGAUCUCGACGGCUGCCGCCAGGAGGCCGAGGGGCCCCGGGAGCUUUGCAGCCGCCUGCACCGCCUGUGCCGCCAGUGGCUGCGGCCGGAGAGGAGCAGCAAAGGGGAGAUGCUGGACCUGGUGGUGCUGGAGCAGCUGCUGGCCCUGCUGCCCGCGGAGAUGGCGAGCUGGGUGAGGGAGUGCGGAGCCGAGAACUGUUCGCAGGCGGUGGCCCUGGCCGAAGGCUUCCUCCUCAGCCAAGCCCAGCGGGAAGAGCCGGGAAAGGGGCAGAUACAGGAGUCGUUCACAGAGGAGAUUUCAGCAGAGCUCCGGGGCAGAAGAGAUCAAUCCAGCUCUAUUCAGGACCUGUUUUUCAGGAGAACCCAAUUCUGGCCACCUUGCCAGAGCUCUGAUUCCUUUAAGGGGGUGACUGUGGACUUCACAGAUGAGGAGUGGAGGCUGCUAGAUUCUGGCCAGAAGGCCUUCUGCAGAGAAGUCAUGCAGGAGGUUUCUAUCAAUAUGGCUGCUCUGGAUGAUGUGUUUGUGAAUGAGAACGACAAGGAGGCACGCAUGCCUCUAGAAAUUACGGAGAAUAGCUCCUUCGCCUCUACUUCACCAAAGAAAUGGGAAUCACAUACCUCUGUAAUAUCUUUGAUGGAUUCCAGCCUGAACAGAAAGAGGAAACGCUGCAUGCAGUAUGGAAAAAGUUUCAGUAUGAAAAGUAAUCUUAAUGUCCACCAAAAGAUGCACACCGGGGAGAGAUCAUAUGAAUGCAUAGAAUGUGGAAAGAGCUUUAUCCGGAAAGAAAAUCUUAAACUUCAUGAGAGGAUCCACACUGGGGAAAGACCGUAUAAAUGCAUGGAAUGUGGAAAGAGCUUUACCCAGAAAGGAAAUCUUAAUCUUCAUGAGAGGAUCCACACUGGGGACAGGCCGUACAAGUGCAUGGAAUGUGGAAAGAGAUUUAUCCGGAAAGAAAGUCUUAAUCUUCAUGAGAGGAUCCACACUGGGGACAGACCAUAUAAAUGCAUGGAAUGUGGAAAGAGCUUUACUCAGAAAGGAAAUCUUAAUCUUCAUGAGAGGAUGCAUACUGGGGACAGAGUGUAUAAAUGCAUGAAAUGUGGAAUGACCUUUACCCGGAAAGGACCCCUUAAUCGUCACAAAAGGGUCCACACUGGGGACAGACCGUAUAAAUGCAUGAAAUGUGGAAAGAGCUUUACCCGGGAAGGACAUCUUAAACUUCAUGAGAGGAUCCACACUGGGGACAGACCGUAUAAAUGCAUGAAAUGUGGAAUGACCUUUACCCAGAAAGGAAAUCUUAAUCGUCACAAAAGGGUCCACAUAGGGGACAGACCGUAUAAAUGCAUGAAAUGUGGAAUGACCUUUACCUGAUAAGGACAUCUUAAACUUCAUGAGAGGAUCCACACUGGGGACAGGCCGUAUAAAUGCAUGAAAUGUGGUAUGAUCUUUACCCGGAAAGGAAAUCUUAAUUGUCACAAAAGGAUCCACACUGGGGAUAGACUGUAUAAAUGCAUGAAAUGUGGAAUGACCUUUACCCGGAAAGGAAAUCUUAAUCGUCAUAAAAGCAUCCACACUGGGGACAGACCGAAUAAAUGCAUGGAGUGUGGAAAGAGUUUCAUUAGCGAAAGUCAUCUUACUUGCCACCAUAGGAUUCACAGUGGGAAGCAACCAUAUAAAAAGAUAGACUGGAAAAAGCUAUGCUGGAAAAGCUCAUCUUAAAUUGUCAUGAAAGGAUCCACACUGGGGAUAGACCGCAUUAAUGCACAGAGUGUGGAAAUAGCUUUACUUGGAAAACACAGUUCUCAUAGAGAGCAUAUAAAUCCAUGGAGGGUGGAAAGAUCCUUUCUGAGGAGAGAGGCAAUAGUGGUCACCAAAGUAUUGGAUGUUAAAUAAUAAAUAUAUUUAUAUUAUAAA